GGCAAAGAAAGACCUGCUCUUGAACUUUUCACACCCAUAUAUACAGCUGAGCUACUGCAUAUAUUAUAUUGACAAAUAUAUAUAUAUAUAUAUAUACACACAAGGUUUUCCCCUCUUAGCUAUAAGCCGCCGUCGUUCUCUCUUUGUGUGUAGAGGGGGAGGCAACAAUGGAAGCAGAAAAUGAGUACAAGAAAGGGCUGUGGACAAAGGAGGAGGAUAGGGUUCUGCUAGACUACGUAACCGUACAUGGAAGUGGCCGCUGGAAUCGCAUUCCUAAGCUCACCGGUUUAAAGAGGAAUGGAAAGAGCUGCAGAUUGAGGUGGCUCAACUAUCUGAGCCCAAAUGUGAAACGCGGAGAUUUUUCUGAGGAAGAAGAGGACCUCAUCAUCAGACUUCAUAAUCUCCUUGGCAACAGGUGGUCUCUGAUUGCGGGGCGUGUACCAGGAAGAACUGACAACCAAGUCAAGAACUACUGGAACACUCGUUUGUGCAAGAAGCUUGGCUUCAAAAAGCAAACUCCAAAACCUCUUGCUUCCUCCUCCUCUGAAACUCCAAAAGCCCCGGACUCAAAUACUAAGCAGUCUUGCAGCUGCGGCACCGGCAGCACUGUCAAAGACAUGGAAGCUCUGCAAAAUGACCAAAACCCAUUGUUGGAUGAUAUUGUUGCAGCUGAGGAUUCAAAUUCAAAUGAAGAAAUACAAUGGAUGACCGAGCAUUGCGCAGAGUCGCUUUCUUAUUCUGAUGGUCAUAAUUUGAUUAGCUGGGGCAUGUUGGAAUUUCUACAAGGGCACCCUCUUGAACUUUUGUACCAAAAUUUUGAGUUGAGUUAAUAAAUUUUCGUUUAUGGUCA